AUGGCAGGAGAUUCACCCUGGGUACAGGAGGAACCAGAUGGCAUUGAGAGCUGCUGCCAGGCACAUUUGAAGGACCACGCAGUCCUGGGCGUGGCGCAUGCACCCGGACUCCCGGCACGGAACGGGUGCGGGGCUGGGCCUCGGCCGGCCCCGGGGGAGCGAGUGGGGCGGGGCCGCCGCGCCCGCCUUCUCCUCCUCCCGCCGCGCGGGCUCAGAGCGGCGGCAGCAGCGGCCGCGGCGACAUCUCCGGCUCCCGCUCCGGCUCCCGCGCUCCCGGGCCCCGCGCCCCGACCCCGCCGCCGCUCCUGCCGGGGGCCUCGUGCGCCCCCUCCGAGCUUCACGCUGAAGUUCCUGGCCGUGCUGCUGGCCGCGGGCAUGCUGGCGUUUCUCGGUGCCGUCAUCUGCAUCAUCGCCAGCGUGCCCCUGGCGGCCAGCCCCGCGCGCGCGCUGCCCGGCGGCACCGACAACGCCUCGGCCGCCUCGGCCGCCGGCGCCCCGGGCCCGCAGCGCAGCCUGAGCGCCCUGCACGGCGCUGGCGGCUCGGCCGGGCCCUCGGCGUUGCCCGGGGAGCCGGCUGCCAGCGUCUUCCCGCCGCCGACCGGGCCCCUGCUCAGCCGCUUCCUCUGCACGCCGCUGGCCGCCGCCUGCCCGUCGGGGGCCGAGCAGGGGGACGCGGCGGGCGAGCGCGCGGAGCUGCUGCUGCUGCAGAGCACGGCGGAGCAGCUGCGCCAGACGGCGCUGCAGCAGGAGGCGCGCAUCCGCGCAGACCGGGACACCAUCCGCGAGCUCACCGGCAAGCUGGGCCGCUGUGAGAGCGGCCUGCCGCGCGGCCUCCAGGACGCCGGGCCGCGCCGCGACACCAUGGCCGACGGCGCCUGGGACUCACCCGCGCUGCUCCUGGAGCUGGAGGACGCGGUGCGCGCGCUGCGGGACCGCAUCGAGCGCAUCGAGCAGGAGCUCCCGGCCCGCGGGAACCUCUCCUCGGCACCAGCCCCAGCUGUGCCCACUGCCCUGCACUCCAAGAUGGACCAGCUAGAAGGCCAGCUGCUCGAGAAGGUGCUGGCCCUGGAGAAGGAACGUGCUGCCCUCAGUCACGGCAGCCACCAGCAGCGACAGGAAGUGGAGAAGGAGCUGAACGCCCUGCAGGGUCGCGUGGCAGAGCUGGAGCACGGGUCCUCGGCCUACAGUCCCCCAGAUGCCUUCAAAGUCAGCAUCCCCAUCCGCAACAACUACAUGUAUGCCCGCGUUCGCAAGGCGCUGCCUGAACUCUACGCCUUCACCGCCUGCAUGUGGCUGCGCUCCAGGUCGGGUGGCUCCGGCCAGGGCACCCCCUUCUCCUACUCAGUGCCCGGGCAGGCCAAUGAGAUCGUGCUGCUGGAGGCCGGCCCUGAGCCAAUGGAACUGCUGAUCAACGACAAGGUGGCCCAGCUGCCUCUGAGCCUGAAGGACAACACUUGGCACCAUAUCUGCAUUGCCUGGACGACCAGGGAUGGGCUGUGGUCUGCCUACCAGGACGGUGAGCUGCGGGGCUCUGGUGAGAACCUGGCAGCCUGGCACCCCAUCAAGCCACACGGCAUCCUUAUCCUGGGCCAAGAACAGGAUACCCUGGGGGGCCGGUUUGAUGCCACCCAGGCCUUCGUCGGUGACAUUGCACAGUUCAACCUGUGGGACCAUGUCCUGACACCUGUCCAGGUCCUAGGCUUGGCCAACUGCACUGGGCCACUGAUGGGCAAUGUCCUCCCCUGGGAGGAUAAGCUGGUGGAGGCCUUCGGAGGUGCCAAGAAGGCCGCUUUCGAUGUCUGCAAGGGGAGGGCCAAGGCAUGAGGGGCCACCUUGUUCAGGGCCCCUCCCUUGCCUGUCACUUUGGGGACCUUUGAAGGGGCAUUUCCCUCCUCAGCCUGUCCAUGUGCUGGUCUUCCCUCCUCCCACACUCCUGGCCGUACCUCCCACUUCCCAUCACAGGCACCCAUACCUCCAGAAUACCCUGCCCUGGAUGGAUGUCUCCUCAGCCACCUGGGUAGGGACCAGUAUCUCAACUGGUUCAACCUAGGGGAGUUGAGGCAGUUCCGCCUCCUGGCGAGAUGUGUUGGCUUGGUCUCUGCUCUCACACACUCUGACCUCCCACCAGUCACAGCAGACCCCACUAAUUCCAACAACAUCCCCUGAGGAGUUGUGGGUAUAGGUGGCCUUUGACCCUCUCGUUCCUUAUGCUUCAGGCCUACAUCAGGCCGUAGAAGGGAUGCCAGAGAUGUAUGAGAUCAGACCCUCCUUGUCUGUCUGCCUCAGUUGCCCACAGGGCCUACAGGAUCAUUGCUGCCACUGCCCCCUCCCC